UGCUAUCUUUAACUUUUCUAGACGAGAGAUGACUUCUUAGGUAUGAUUGAACUACCUAUUCUUAGCUUUCCCUCAGAGAAACCUGGACGUUACAUUCCCUUUAAGCACUACAUCCUCAGGCCUCGCAGUCCUAGGUCAAGAGUUAAAGGUCAUCUAGAAGUUUAUCAUGCCUUCUUGCCCUCUGAAGAUAAUACAGAUCAAACAGCUUCCAAUCAUGAAACUGAGGCUGGCUGGGAACUGGUUGAUGCUGUAACAAGCAGUACUCAAGAAGAAGGACCCGUGCAACCUGUGAUGAUGCCGUCGUCAGCAACAGCACCGCCUUCCCUACCUCCUGGUUGGGAAGAGCGUCAAGAUGCCAAUGGUCGAACGUACUACGUCAACCACAUUGCUAGGACAACUCAGUGGGAGAGGCCUACAGGAACAACCCCUAUAGAAGAGCAGGUUCAACAACGAAGCUUGGAUUCUGCUCGAGAAUUCAGAAGAAGAGUUCAUAUUAGUGUUGAUCGUACUGAUGAAAUUGAACAGAGAACAAGCUCUGAAGCAUUAACCCAGAUUUUGGAAUCUCAACAAGCAGAGACCCCAACAAACAGACGACACUCCGAGCCAAUUCCUGACAAUAUGGUUCAGCAGUUGGCAGCACUUCGGAUUUCUUCAGAAGGUCUCCCCGCGGGAUGGACCAUGCAGAUUGCUCCUAGUGGACGAAUAUUCUUCAUUGACCAUAACUCAAAAGCUACUACUUGGGUUGAUCCUCGUACCGGGAGACCUAGCUCUUUCCCAAAUCAGAACAACGUCCCCAACAAACCUAAGUUUGAAAGUGUGGAUGAUUUGGGUCCAUUACCGGAGGGAUGGGAGGAGAGGGUGCAUACUGAUGGGCGUAUAUUUUUCAUUGAUCAUAAUACCAGGACAACACAAUGGGAGGAUCCUCGAAUGAGCAAUCCAAAUAUUGCUGGACCAGCUGUGCCAUAUUCUCGAGAUUACAAACAGAAGUAUGAAUAUUUGAAAAACAAACUUCCUAAGCCGAGCAAUGUUCCAAACAAGUUUGAGAUUAAAGUUUCUCGAAGCAGUAUUUUGGAAGAUGCUUACCGAAUUGUAUCCAGUGUUUCCCGUAUAGACCUGUUAAAAACUAAGCUGUGGAUCGAAUUUGAUGGUGAAGAAGUGUUGGAUUAUGGAGGUGCAUCUCGUGAGAUGUUCUUUCUGCUGUCUCGGGAGAUGUUCAAUCCGUACUAUGGUCUGUUUGAAUACUCAGCUGCAGAGUAA